GUUUAACUUAUUUUUCUGUGCUCUGCAUUGAGUUUUUUUGAACGAGACAUAUUUUUGGGUUUCGGUAUAUUAACGUAAUCUCAAUAGCUGAAGAGCUCUAUCAUUAAUUAACUUUAACCAGAAGUUGAUUUGGACAUUGCCUGCGUUGAGCACCCGCGGUUUAAUAUACAAACACUUGGGGGACUGGACUUGCACAUUUCUCUGCUCUAAUAAGAAAUACUGAGAUCAAAGUUCCGUUAUAGAGCUCGCUUAUAGAGGUCAUCUAGUUUGGUUGUUUUUAAUUCCAGCUAGGUAAGUUAAAUAGCGUAUUAAUAUUAAUACAUGUAAUAAGAAGAUGACGACACCAUAUAAAAAAAUCUUAUUUACGUUAAUUAUUUAUUAUUAUCAUAUCGCACGGUUGUCGGAAAUAUCAUCAGGUAUUUUUUCUAUUUUUCAAAUGUCAUUUAUUAGAAGAGAGUUCAAAGCUUAAUCAGCGAUGCAUUGACUUUUUUGUUCAAUAAUUUUUUUCUAUCUUAGAAUGAGUUUUAUAAAAUCUCAUUCAUAAAGAAAUAUAUGUUUAUCUGCUAAGAACUAAAUAAGGUAACAAUUUACAACCUAAGUUGAUUUAUAUAUUUACGCAGGGAAGAUGGUCAAAUAUGAAGAAAACUUAAUAAAUUUCUUUUUUUAAAUGAAGUUGAAACUAUUUAGUGUCAAAAGUUAUUACUUUUCCGACAACCUCUAAUAUAUAACCUUUUCUAAAAGUUUUUCAGAUAUAGUAAAUAUUUCAUGGACAUCAAUAUAUGAACUUAUCAAUACUGAUAUUUUAUUUGAACAACGGAAGAUUAUCUGGACAUCACUCCAUUCAUUAAUAGAGAAGUGCUUAUAUUAGAUAGCUUCAGUGUAAGAGGGUUUCAGAAAUUCGGGAAUUCAAGUUUGUUAAAGGAGGAAACAAUGAAUUUAUCGAAGAAAGACUUUAUUCACAUGCAGAGAGCCAAGAAUGUGGUUUUAACUGGCAUAAACGAUAAACCAAUACCACGGUUAGAGCUUCUAAAGUGGGUCAACGAUUUGCUCGGUACCAAAUUGAGAAAAGUCGAGGAAAUGUGUACCGGUGCUUGCUAUUGUUUAUUGUUGAAUCAGAUCUUUCCGGGUGCAGUCCCACUACAGAAAGUCAAACAUCCAAGCAAGUUCGUAACGCACUAUAUUAAUAACUUUAAAGUGCUGCAACAAAGCUUUCAAUCUCUAGAAGUAAAAACAGUUGUGCCCAUAGACGAAUUAAUAAUUGGUCGUUUCCAGGCGAACUUCGCCUUCCUUAAAUGGUUCAAAAUGUUUUAUGAGACAAAUUGCGAACCAGGAAAACUUUUUCGGAGUGUUGAUUCGCAAGAACGUUCAUUUGGACAAUUAAAUACAAAAGAAGAUGCUGAAGUCGAGAAAGAUGAACGUACAGAUGAAGAAGAUAUUAUGGAAAACGAAUAUAAGGCAACACAAAAUAAGCAAACUAAGGUACCACAAUGCACUGUAACUCAAAAAAUUAAAAAUGUUCAGCUUCGUAAUGAAGAAAUAUCAAUGGUAUUAUCUGCAAGUCCUUUGUAUGACAUCAACAGUUCAGGUAUAUAUAAAAGUGAACAUAAAGAGGAAGCGCAUAAACCCUUACCUGUGGUUUAUGAAAGAAAGGGAAAUGGUGAUAAUGUUAAAGAAACGGACUUCACGCUGACAGCAAAAAAAACUGGUUUAGUGGGAGACGAAGAACUUGAUCUCAUAAAUGGUACACACAAAACAAAUGUAAACACAAAUGCACCGCACAAUGCUGACCUUAUGAAUGUUAAGAAAUCCAGUCAGCUACGUAAUGUGGAAAAACAGUUUAUUAAUGUGGCACAGCAAACUGAUCCGAUAACGAUUGACCAUACUGAUACACUAAAUAGUGUGCACACUGAAAUAGCAAAGGUGCUGUUGCAAGCUGAAAUAAACAAUAUUGUGGCACUAAGCAAAUUGGAGAGGUUAAAGCCCGAGAUACUCGAUAUGAAAACAGCUGAAGUUAUUGAUGUUCGAAGAAUUGGAACAGACAUUUUACAAUUGUUUGAUCCCUUACAUGAAUUUGAGAAGAAAACUAGAAAUGCAGCAACGGAAACUGAAUUUUUAGAUAAUGAUAAUGUUCCUGGUUCUUAUCAACCAAGGAAUUUAAAUAUCAAUAAGAACAAGUUAUGUAAUAUAAACAGUUGUGGAUCACAAGACCCGCCUGGUAAAGAUCUUGCUGAAACUCAGGUAGCGUCUAAAGUUAAGCAAAUUCAAUUUAGAAACUCGAAUCUGCAAACUGAACCGUUUCAGAACGAUAUCGACAAAUUCGAAAACCAUCAAUGCAUUCUUACUCGUGGUAAUUCUUACAAAAAUACAAAUGUAACCGAGGCACAAAAUGCAGCAUUUAUGACUUAUUCUGAUAAUGCAAAUACCAAAACCUUCAAUCUUCAGAACAGUUAUGGGGACGUACCUGUAAAUGACGAUUUUUAUGAAAUAAAGUGCGGUAGUGAAGAAAGUAAAGACAAAAACGAUUCUAACCCCGUACCCCCAACCACUGUUGUAUUUAAAAAUAAUCAAGAGAAAUUGUCACUACCCUUCAUUGAUUUUUCUAUGAUUAACACUAUAGACAAUAAAAAAAAUCACAUUACCAUGAUAACAGCGGAAGCUGAUAAUUUGGAAAGCCAGAAACCAGAUACUAUAAAUAACAAACAGUAUGACUCAAGGAAAGCACCAGUUUAUUAUGAGGACUCAUUUAUUAAUGGCAAAAACGAUCUAAACGAAAGAUCAGUAUGCAAUGAUCACUUUAAAGUCAAGGAAUCCGUGACCUUACAAACAGGAAGAACUACGAUAAUGAAGAAACAAAAGCAUACUGAACCUAUUGGAAAAAAUAAAUUGUGUACAACAUCGACUAAUAAAAAUAUAGCAACACCAAAGGCAAAUGACUUUGCUCAGUUUUGUUCUACCGAUAUAUCCGACCAUCGAAAUCACACCAUAGAUAAAGCCGCACAAUCUGGUAAUUUGUUUAUAGAAAAUAUGGAAGAGACUUUAACCAACGGAAAAGGCAAUACAAAAAAUGCAGACUUAUUUACUAAUCCAUGUAGAGGCGAAAAUGUGACAAGUGAAAGCAAAUCCUUUAAUAGGAAGCAUGAAGACAAAUGUGGUAGACCUGGAGACCUAGGGACAGAAACUAGUUUUAAUGAAAAAAAUGACAUAAAAGGUAAAGCAGACCAGCCUUGUUAUUAUAGAAUCAAAAAUAAUGGUGCAAUAUUAAAUAAGGUUAUAACUAAUGAUUUAGAAGUUUCAAAAUGUAAGCCCAUGAAGGCCAAUGAAGGCAACGUUAAUCUUACUGCUGAUUUGAACCACGAUUCAGACACUCAGAGAUUACCUGCGUUGAGCGAUUGCAUAAACUUGGAUAAAAUAAAACAACUCGAUGCUCAAGCUGACUGGUGUUGCGAGCUAUAUCAAGGCAUUGAGUUUAAACGGAACUUGAAUUAUUCUCGCUUACAUUUAAUAGAAAAGUUCUUAGCUGAAAAUCAAGAAGUCGAUCAUGAACUAUGUAAAAAGAUUCAAUCCAUUCUUUAUGCGACCGAAAAUGGAACAGUAUUACCAGGCGUUAUACCUAAACUUUAAGAAAAAAAUUCAAUGUUCUCAACUUUUAUUUUUAUUUAAAGAAAAAGACAUUGUAUGAUAAUAUUUUAU